GGGAUGGGGGGAUGAAGAGAGGGAGGGAGAAGGGGAGAGAAUGAGCAGAUGCUGGCUCAUAGGGAGUGCAGUGCGAGAGGGCCUUGUGUGUGUGUGUGUGUGUGUGUGUGUGUGUGUGUGUGUGCGCAUUAUAGCCAUAAGCUGAUGAGAGCGCAGGGUGGAGGUGAGUGUGUGGCGAAGGCUGUGGGACAGCUGGGAACUAACCGGGCAGGAGCCCGCCGUCGCAGAUGGGCCGUCAGAACCGCAUUUCUGCAACGUAAUCACCUCCACGCUCUCUCUCUUUCCCUCUCCCUCUCGCUCUGCCUCCCUCUCUUGCUCUCUCUGCCUCUCCCUCUCGCUCUGCCUCUCUCUCUCACUUUCUCUCUUGCAUGCUCCCUCUGCCUCUCUCGCUCUCUCUCGCUCUCUCUCCCUCUCUCUGCUUCUCUCUCGCUCUCUCUCGCUCUGCCUCUCUCUCGCUCUCUCUCGCUCUCUCUCGCUCUCUCUCGCUCUCUCUCUGUCUCUCCCACUCUCACUCUCGCGUCCUCGUCUUUGACCUCCUCCUCUUCCUCCUGUUCCGCUCGGCGAGGAGGCCGAAACGGGAGCAUCUCACGGUGCCGAGCGUCUCCACCGCGUCUGGACACCCCUCUUCUGUCUGUCCUUAUUUUCAAAGUUCAUCUCUGAGAAAGGAGCGCUGCCUUUUCUCCCUCUCUCCAUCAAACCCUGUACCAGGUGUGAUUGGAGGUUUUGGAUGUUGCUGUCGAUGUGCAUACAUAUUUUAAAAAAUUGUUAUUUAAAAAAUUUCUGACGUUGCUCUGAGCCAACUCCGUGCGCCCACGAUGAGUUUCGACAGUGGAGAUGGUGAGGCGGUGGAGGCGAUUGAACUCAGGUGUGUCUCGGGGGAACAGCGGACCCACGGAGCCACCGGCUGCCAGGAUCAGAAGGACCCGUGUGAACGCGACCCGGACCUGGAGAUGAACAAGCUUCGUCAGAGCCUGCGCAGGAAAAAGCCCACCUACGUGCCGGAGGCCAGCCGGCCCCACCAGUGGCAGUCCGACGAGGAGGCCGUGCGCAAGGGCAAAUGCAACUUCCCGGUCCGGUAUUUGGGGCUGGUGGAGGUGGAUGAGUCCAGGGGAAUGCACGUGUGUGAAGAGGCAGUGAAGAAGCUCAAAGUUAGUGGGAAGAAGUCGGUCAAAGCUGUGCUGUGGGUGUCGGCAGAUGGUCUGAGAGUUGUGGAUGACAAAACCAAGGACCUCAUCGUAGACCAGACCAUCGAAAAGGUGUCCUUCUGCGCGCCCGACAGGAACUAUGACAAGGCGUUCUCGUACAUCUGCCGCGACGGCACCACGCGACGUUGGAUAUGCCACUGCUUCAUGGCUCUGAAGGACUCGGGGGAGCGCCUGAGUCACGCGGUGGGCUGUGCCUUCGCCGCCUGCCUCGAGCGGAAGCAGCGGAGGGAGAAGGAGUGCGGGGUCACCGCCUCCUUCGACGCCAGCCGCACCUCCUUCGUGCGCGAGGGGUCCUUCCGGGUCACUUCCGCCAGCCAGCAGCCCGACCGCGAGGACAUCAUGAAGCAGCUGCAGGAGAAGAAGAAAGCCGAGCCGCCCUGCCCCAUCCCCGCCGUCCCGCCCGGCACGGCCUCCCCCCCGGAGGGCGCGGCGUCGCCUGUGGACCGGACGGAGCCGGGAGGGCCGCACGCCAUCCCCCGCCGCCACGCCCCGAUCGAGCAGCUGGUGCGGCAGGGCUCCUUCCGCGGCUUCCCCGCGCUCAGCCAGAAAAACUCGCCCUUCAAGCGGCAGCUGUCCCUGCGCCUGAACGACCUGCCAUCCACCCUGCAGCGCAAGACCGACUUCCAGACCAAGAACCCCGUUCCUGAGAUGGACUUGGUUGUGUCAGGAGAGGUGGACAGCAUCAACGCCCUCUGCUGCCAAAUCAACUCCUCUUUCACCAAGCCCUCCGAUGACCUGUUCGCUACUGCCAACGGCGUCCCAGCAUGCACGGCGCCUCCCGCGAUCCCCCCUCCCCCCGCGCCUCAGCAAGCCUCGAGCUCGUGGGUGCAGGCGGAGCCGGCGGCCCAGGCCCCGCCCCCCGUGCAGAGCGGACACAAGCGCACCCCCUCGGAGGCGGAGCGUUGGCUGGAGGAGGUGGCCAAGACCGUGAAGGCCCAGCAGCAGGUCCUGCCCCUCGCCCCGCCCCUGGCCCAGCAGGCCCCGCCCCCCAUGCCCAGCCUCCCCGCCCCCCCGGGGGUGCAGUCCUUCCCGCUGUCGUUCGACUGCACCCCCGCCCCCGCGGGCAUGUACGCGCAGCCCCCCCUGCAGCCCGCCUUCGUGCCCAUGCAGGCCUACAUGCCCGCCCUGGCCAACAGCAUGACCUACCCCAGCGCCAGCGUGCCCGUGGUGGGCAUCACGCCCUCCCAGAUGGUGGCCAACGUCUUCUGCACCGCCGCCGGGGCCAAGGCCGGCCCCCUGGGAGGCCCCGCCCACCACGCCUUCCCCGCCCACUCCGGAGGGUUCCCCGCCGCCCCGUUCGCCAACCCGCCGGCCGUCAACGGGCUCCCGCCCAACCCCGUCCCCGCCGCCACGGCCACGGCCAAUCAGAACGGAGCCAGCAACGGCGGCGGGUGGCCCGUGGAGGCGGCGCUGCAGCCGGCCCCGCCCAGCGACUCCCAGGAGGCAGCGCGCUUCGAGGCCCAGUGGGCCGCCCUGGAGACCAAAACCCCGCCCAAGGCGCCCAACCCCUUCUCCAACGACCUGAAAAAGACCUUUGAGAUCGAGCUUUAACUGGGGCGGGCUCUACCAACUGUGACGCAGAUACACAAAAACUCGACCACCCCCCCCCCCCCCCCCUCUCUCCCAGUACCUGUAUUUCUCUUCUCCAUUUUCUGUUCCCUGGGAGAGCCACACCCCCUACCCCCAGCUUCACUGGCAAUGGAGAGAGAGGCCUGCCCAAAAAAAACACUGGGACACCAUGAAAGAGGAGAACUGGGAUGGGUUUGGGGAGGGUCUUCUGGCUGUGUUCUGUCUCGGUUGCCAGAUCUGUAGGUCCCGACCCAUCAGACUGUCAGUUUCCAAACCUGUCAGCACAGCUUGAAAAGCUGGAGGAUUCAAAAGUCAGUUAAGAAAAGAAACAGGAAAAUUAAAAAAGAGCUGAUGAUUCCCACUGCCGACCAGUUGUCUAGCAGAUGAUAUUACCUGAAACGGAGGCAUCGAAAAAGGACUGGACUUGGUCUCUUAUAUUUAACCAAUAAAACGUCUCCGGAGGGACAAGUAUAUCUAUUUUGUUUGAUUUUAUCCGUUACCUUUUUAAAUCAGAUUUUAAUCACCAAAAAUAUUUAAGGUAGAUUUUACUUCCCUGUGUGAAUAAGAUUUAUUUAUGUUUAUAUACAUGGAAGGAAGUCCGAAUUGCCAGCUGUAAGUCGUCAGUAGAGUUGAAUGGAGAACUGACUCACCAAAUGAGACUGCUUGAUUAUAGCCUUAUGGACAAAGCUGUGAGCCGUAGCACAUGGGAGUGUACAUAGCAUGUUUUCUUUUCCCUAUUUAUUGCCCCGUGUGUGACCGUCAACUGCUACUCAACCCAAAACGAGUCACUGCUACAUCAUUGCGGACGCCGGCCUUCAUCUCCAUGGAAACCACGGCCCCUGCUUCUGGUGCAGUGUGUCGGAACAUUCCAGAACUUUUCCAGCUGAGCAAACAUGCGUGCAGUGGAUUUCCGGGCCAGGAGGAUGCAGAAGGGAUUCCCGCGACCCAAGUCUGGAAUCGGAAGUGAAGUCGAGUGUCGUGUAUUCCGUCCGAGUAGGUCGCCGGGCUCUGAGCUGGGUGAUGAGUGUGUGUGUGUGUCAUGUCGGGUUACAGAAGAGUGGUGGUUAGGGUACAAAGGCCAGCAGGCAGGGGGGCACAGACCUGAGGCACGAAGUGGGGGUUUCGGGGAAGAAGCAAAGGCGUGAUUAGAAUCGAAGCCGUGUCUGUGAACGAGGUGCCCCAUAUCGCACUUCCCCGUCUCCCCCGUAGAGCAUUUGGUGGGCUUUUGUGUCGAUUCGCCCCAAGUUUUUGAAUCACUGUGAGAGCAGCUGACUCUUCUGAGAGUAAUUCUCAGGAGAGGAGUGCGCUGCAUGGAGGAGAACGAGCGAGCAGCAGGCCACCUCAGAUUACUGAGCAUGGAGGGGGAUUUUGGGGAGGGAUCGGAGAUGGGAGCGGAUUCAGCCGGGCAGAGAAGACGAAGCGAAGGGAGGGAUGAGUGUGUGGAUGGAGGAGGGAACGUGUAAAGGAGUGAGGAGCAGGUGAGAGAGAAAAAAGCAGGAACAUGGGUUACUGGAAAAAAAAACCUUCGGUUUACAGGGGAAUGGGGGAAAAUUAAGAUUUCAGUUCCAGACGACAGGUACGUGGGUCAGGUGGUGGCAAGAUGGUGGAUCCACAUGCGCAGGUGUAGCAGAAAUACAUGCAUGGGGGUAAAUAUGAUAACUGAUUGUGCCAUGCUGUGCUUCACAUAUGAGUGACUUAAUUUGGGAAUGUCUGCCAGACAGUUGGAACCAGUAAGGUCAGUUAUCCGAAGAUACUGUACGGGGUAGGGGUCCUGAGGGGUGAGGUCAGAACUUUGGUACGUUCAUUUGUGCUCAGGUCUCGCCUGGAUUUCAGAAACACGUUCCACCCACGCUUGUAGAGCUGUGAGGGGCAUCGCCGCAAACCAAACUGUUCUUUAAAAGGUACUUUCAGUGUACAGUUCCUGACGGGAAUGAAAACAGAUUCAUUUACGCAAACGAAGAUCAGGUACUGUGCAUUUUAUUGCUUAUUCAUCCUGACAUUUCGCCCCCCAGAAUGACCCAGGUUGGACUCUGGAAACAGAAGGGAUUUGUAUUGUAUGUAACUGAAAAAAGGAGAAGGAGCAGAAGUCACACCAGGGAGAGAAAAUGGAACACUUCUGUGAGCUGAGAAUUAUAUGGUUCUAACUGACAUUUUAGAAAAAAAAUAUGUUGUUUAUAGGGCACUAAAUACAUGUAUGAAGUUUUAUACAAAAAUACUGUGUACGAGUAUGAAAAAAUGCUCAAUUUAAAAAUUGUAUCUGCUUGGAGCCCAUUCACUUUGGAAUCUCAAUAUCUGAAAACUCCCAGAACGCAGAUAGAACCUCCUAAUUCUCAGCUCAUGACACAUGCAAAAAUACAUGCAAAGCGAGCUGCCAUCUUCCAGUGAAUUUCCACUCCCGUCUUAAGACGGCAUUCAUCAGGGUCCGCGGAGACUCGCGUGAAAGCCAGCAGACAGGGCAAACGUGUCGCAAAACACCCACGUCUUCCUGGAGUUCCUUCGGUAUCCAGACUUUUAUAUGCACCACAAUCCUCCACAAGCUUCCCUGUGUCUGUCCUUUUCCUGUAAAGAAGUGAGGCAUUCGCAGGGAAGCCAUUUUGCUCUUGGAAAAAAAAUAUGAACCUUCCCACUGCCCUGCCCAAAUUGAAAAAUAGUCACAGUUUAAUUUACAUUUUUGUGUCCCUAUUCCCUCUUUCCAGACCCCUUCUAAAAUAAAAUUGAAAAAAAAGGAAGUUCAUUAUGUUCAUGGCAAAACAAGAAAACUAAAUGACCUCAUAUACUUGAUUGUAACUGUAGUGUAGUGAUAACAAACCAGUGAAGCUUAUUUUUAACCUUUAUUUACAGAAUUUUGUAUCUAAACCUACAUAUUUGUAUUGUAAUUACAUUGUACAAAGAUAAAUAAAUAAUAUAAUGUUAAAAUGUUAA